AUGGACAUGAAAGCGAGAUCCGCGUGAGCGCGGGGGAAGCGUGAGACGAUCGUUCCACUUCUCACUUCCAGUAUCGACGGUCACCGGAUUCGGCGAUGGAUCCCGGCGGGUGUCGGUUGAACGGCGGCGGCGGCGGUGAUAUGAUCACACUGGAGGAUCUGGAGUCUGUGUCGGAGGAGCAGCUGUUGGACAGCCCCGAGGAGGAGCAGCAGGAGCCGCAGGAGGAGCAGGGGAGGCUCCUGAGGUACUGGACGGAUGUGGCGCGCGGACACCAGGUGGAGGUACCGACAGACAUGGCCAAACCCAUCCGUCAGAUCUCCACCAAUAACGAGGGCACACACACACGGGAGCAGGUGCCCUACACACUCCUCACACGCAAGGAGAAGUGCGGUGAGGUGUUGUUUGAGAAGCGUCACUAUGAGAGAGCGCACUGGGCCUGCAUCACAGUUCACGAAGACACGUAUGAACAGAGCAUCUGCUACGGCUUCAUGAAGAUCAUGAGAUACAUCUGCCAGCAGAACUCAGCAGGCAGUUAUCUGGGGCUGACGAUCCCGAUCGUGACGGUGGUGCGCACCAAUGAGACGCACAGGAGUCUGUCGCGAGCCGUGACCAUAGCGUAUUACCUGCCCCCCCCGCACCAGAGCGAUCCGCCGCGGCCACACGACCCCGAGGUCACCGUCGAGCACUGGCCUGCUGCGGUCAUCUACUCCAGGGCCUUCACGGGGGCCACGAACGAGCUGACCAUCCUCCACGAGAUCAGCAGUCUGGCCGAGGCUCUGGACCGUCCAGCCGUCUGCGACUCCUUCAUCAUAGCUGGAUACACCAACCCCGCGGCGGCCCACCGGCAGAACGAGAUCUGGUUCCUGGAGCGGCCCUGAGA